UCAGGAAGGACUGACUUUGGGCAAACCACAGAGUUGACAAUGCUGCAAAUCAAGCUGCUUGAAGAGGAAAAUAACCGCCUUAUCUCGGAAUUGGUUGACACCAAAGGCCAGCUUCGCACUCGCAUCCUGUCUGAAGAAUGCCUCAAAGAGAAGCCAGACAUGCUGCAAUUUUACACUGGGAUGCCAAACUUUAAUCUGUUAUGGGCACUCUUCCUGGUUUUAGAACGAGGCAUAUCCCAUACAAGCCUGAACUGCUUGACGAAGUUCCAGGAGAUGCUUGUCUUCCUCAUUUGUCUCCGUCUCAAUGUUCCAUUGCAAGAUUUGGCUUACAGGUUCCAUGUUUCCCGCGCCACAAUCUCGAGGGUGUUCAACAAGUGGCUAGACGCGGCUUUUGUCCGUCUUGAAAGAGCAGUAGUGUGGCCAGAACGUGACGUCUUGCGUAAAACAAUGCCAAUGGUAUUUCGAAAAGCAUUUGGCACAGAUGUAGUUGUCAUACUCGACUGCUUUGAAGUGUUUAUUGAAAGGCCUUCAUCAAUGAUCUCUCGUUCACAGACGUGGUCAACCUAUAAAAACCACAACACAGUGAAAUUUCUCGUUGGCAUUGCUCCUCAAGGAAACGUAACAUUCAUGUCACGUGGCUGGUGUGGCCGCACUAGUGACAAGGCAAUAACGGAAGGAAGUAAAGUGCUCGACAAUCUUUUGCCUGGCGACAUGGUUCUAGCGGACAGGGGCUUCACAAUAUCAGACUCUGUGGGAAUACGUUCCGCUAGGUUAGUAACGCCUGCGUUCACAAAAGGCAAACCACAGCUUUCGGCUUUCCAAGUAGAAAGAACACGCAGGGUGGCCAACGUGCGCAUACAUGUCGAAAGGGUUAUUGGUCUGCUGCGGAACAAGUUUCGCAUACUGAAGCACACACUACCAGUUGAGAUGCUCACUGCAGAUGAGAACGGAGCAACAGUGCUUGACAAAAUAACAUUUGUGUGCGCAGCGCUAGUCAACCUCUGCGAUUUUCUGGUUCCUUUUGGUUAAUUGUGCAAAGCCCUGAAAUGUGCCGUAGGCAUACUCUUUUUUUGUUUCGUCAUUUUUUCUAUUGUUGUUCAUGCUGCUGUCAGAUAUAUUGUUUACAUAGUUGUGUAUAAUCCAUUGUUGUUAAUAAAGGUCCCUGCUUUCCUUUUCACUGCA